AUGAAAAAAGUAGAUAUCGAGAAACUAGAAACAGAUGCAAUUGAAUCUGCUCCUUUUCUAGGUAGUGAUGAGAAUAAUGCCAACCUGAAAAGUGCUGACCGUCUAAAUUUACCAAAUCCACCAGAUGACAAACAACAGCCUGUUAAACCAUGGGUCCAUUUCGUAGCUGGUGGUAUUGGUGGAAUGGCUGGAGCGAUUGUUACUUGUCCGUUUGAUGUUGUCAAGACUAGGUUGCAAAGUGAUGUCUUUCAGGCUCAGUACAAAUCUGCAGCUGGUGUAAGCAAGGGCACUGGUGGAAUUCAUUUCAUCUCUAGAAGUUUAUUACAUUUUAAGGAGACAUUUGGUAUUAUUGGAAAUGUCUACCGCCAAGAAGGGUUUAGGAGUCUUUUCAAAGGGUUAGGACCAAAUUUAGUAGGAGUUGUUCCCGCUAGAAGUAUUAAUUUCUUAACGUACGGAACUACUAAGGAUAUAUACUCCCAGGUUCUAAAUGAUGGUAAAGAAGCACCAUGGAUCCAUCUACUAGCGGCAGCAACAGCUGGGUGGGCUACAUCUACUGUCACAAAUCCUAUUUGGCUAGUGAAAACAAGAUUACAACUUGAUAAAGCAGGGACAAAGCAGUAUAAAAAUUCGAUGGAUUGUAUCAAAAGUGUGAUAAAAAAUGAAGGAAUUCUGGGACUUUAUAAAGGUCUUAGCGCAUCUUAUUUGGGUUCUGUGGAAGGUAUCCUUCAAUGGAUUCUAUACGAGCAAAUGAAGAGAGUUAUCAAAGAAAGAUCAAUUGAGAAAUUUGGUCAUAUCAAUGAAAGUGAAAAAAAUACAUCUGAAAAGAUUAAAGAAUGGUGUCAAAGAUCAGGUAGUGCUGGUUUGGCCAAAUUUGUUGCAAGUAUUGUCACAUACCCACAUGAAGUUGUUAGAACCAGGUUGAGACAAGCGCCAAUGGAAAACGGUAAAUUAAAAUACACCGGCCUAGUCCAGUCAUUCAGAGUAAUUAUCAAAGAAGAAGGAUUUGUUUCAAUGUAUAGUGGUUUAACACCGCACUUAUUAAGAACAGUACCCAACAGCAUCAUUAUGUUCGGGACAUGGGAACUAGUAAUUAAACUAUUGUCAUGA